AUGAGCGGGAGAUCUCGCAGCGGAGCUCGCAGCAUAUAUCAAGCUUCCCUAAUCGCGAGUACAUACAGCCGGCCUAUACGCAGGAGCGCGCACAGUACAUACCAGGCCAGUUCCUCCAGCGUAUUACCGCCGCUGCCCGAAACCAGCGCAUUCAGCGGCCAGCCCCAGACUCCGUCAACUUCAUCCCGAGCUACUUCAUCCCGAGCAUCUGAUGAGCAUCUACGGGCUCGUCUUUACUUCUGGCUAUGGCGGAAGGAUGCUCCGAAGAGGGCGGAUAGGGAACCACAGAGCUUUGGGGGCGUCAUAUCCCAUCCGCUCAAUCGCUGCUUUAGCCAGUCGUUCGAGCACUUUAUAAAGAAGGAGCUCCUGCCAGCGCUUGAUACAGACCUCGAGCAGUAUUCACCAGAGCCAGGCGAUGUAUACAAGCUAGCGCUCGAGUUCACGAAGAAGCCAGUACAGCCAGUAUUCCUAUCUCCAAAGCACACUAAGGAGAUACAUACUACUGAGCUCUACGAGUUGUUUCACAAGAGGGGCGGCGCCGAGCGCGAUAUCAAUAUUGUCAUCGUUCGGAAGGAAGUGGAACAAGAGCCAGAUCUUCGACCAGACCAGGUCAAGCAGGAGCCGGGUGCCCGCGAUGCCCGCCAUCCACGCAGUAAGAGCGUUAGGUCGUCUUGCUUCAGUUGGCCAGACGAGAUCGUCGACUAUUCAGACCUCGCUACUCGUCCAGCCCGCCUCAAAACCCCAGUCGACGACGUCGAUGUUUCUGACCUCGAUGAUCCAGCUAUCUUCUUUAAGAAGAAAGACCCAGCGCCGCCGGCGAGAGAACCUACCCCAGACAUACCACCAGCACCAGCACCAGCACCAGCACCAGCACCAGCACCAGCACCAGCACCAGCACCAGCACCAGCACCAGCACCAGCCAGGUCAUCAGCCAGGGCACCGCCGUCGCGCCCCCCCUAA